UGGACGCAGUGAGGGUUGGACUCGAGCACCCCGUUUGCUGUUAUUCAAACGCAGGGAGCGCGUGCGGCCAGUCGCUCCUCGUUGCGCGUUGGAUAUGGAUCAGGACUCUGCGCGCUUCCCCACUGUCUCCCGCGGACAGGCUGCACUCUGCGGCGCAUAAAAGGUUUCCAAAUGAACCGCCGCCCUCCCGGCUCCUCCGGCGUGCAAUGGCUUAACCGGAGAGACAUGAAUGUUCGGACGGAUGACAGCGUCACUCUGUGCCAAAGGGCUCUCCAAAUCGUUACGGAACUUUGUCUCGCGGGACACGUAGACCGGGAGAAAUGUUCGGAUAUAUUCCCCCUUGAGAGCAACAUACCAGGUAAAGGACACGCAGACAUCUCUAUUAGUCUCCUUGCUGUGGUCGUGGGUUUCUGUGGCCUCGCCCUGUUGGUAGUCUCUCUCUUUGUCUUUUGGAAGCUGUGUUGGCCCAUCUGGAGGAGCAAGGCUCUGUCAGCCCACGCUGAAAAUGUGCUCCGUGGGGGUUUCCCCGAGGCACCCCCACCCAACUCCCCCCCGGUUACUGAGUUUAAAGUGGCGGAGGUGGAAAAGAAACAGCCGCCUGAAGUGAAGGUGAAUGGACGGAGCUCAGUCAAGCUACUGGAGGCAGCCAUGAAGAUCAGCCAAACGUCUCCAGACAUCCCUGCCGAGGUCCAGACAGCUCUGAGGGAGAAGCUCAGCCAGCAGGCUAAAAUCCAGAGGCAGACCACCGAGCCAACCUCCUCCUCCAGGCACAAUUCAUUCAGGCGCCACCUGCCUCGUCAGAAGAAUGUCACCAGUGUUGACUUCACCAUGGACACAGUGCCUCUCCGCCAGUCCUCUACUGUCAGCAUUGGAAGAAUAAAACCUGAACUCUACAAGCAGAAGUCUGUGGACUCAGAAGAGGCCAAAGAGCCCGUGGAGACUUGUGGAAAGCUAAGCUUUUCGCUUCGUUACGACUACGAGGAGCAGGCUUUGGUGGUGAGGAUCCUGAAAGCUUUGGAUCUGCCUGCCAAAGACUUCACAGGCACCUCUGACCCAUAUGUGAAGAUCUACUUGCUACCCGAGAGAAAGAAGAAGUUCCAGACUCGAGUUCAUCGUAAGAAUCUAAACCCCACAUUUGACGAGACCUUCUGUUUCCCCGUAGUAUACGAUGAGCUUUGCAACCGCAAGCUCCAUUUCAGCGUCUACGACUUUGACCGAUUCACCAGCCACGAUAUGAUUGGGGAGGUGGUUGUGGACAACCUCUUUGAACUCUCUGAUCUUUCCAGGGAGGCGGUUGUUUGGAAGGAUAUUCAUGCAGCAACCACAGAGAGUAUCGAUUUGGGAGAGAUCAUGUACUCGUUGUGCUACCUCCCCACAGCAGGGAGAAUGACCCUAACAGUCAUCAAAUGCAGAAACCUCAAAGCCAUGGACAUCACAGGCUCCUCAGAUCCAUAUGUGAAGGUCUACUUGAUGUGUGAUGGACGGAGGUUAAAGAAACGAAAAACAACAAUUAAGAAAAGCACACUUAAUCCGGUGUACAACGAGGCUAUCAUCUUCGAUAUUCCCCCGGAGAAUGUGGAACAAGUCAGUCUGUCCAUCAUGGUCAUGGAUUAUGAUCGUGUUGGACACAAUGAGGUGAUUGGCGUGUGUCGUACGGGGCCAGAUGCUGAAGGGCUCGGACGAGAUCACUGGAACGAAAUGUUGGCUUAUCCACGGAAGCCCAUCACGCACUGGCAUGCACUAGGAGAGGAAAACACAGUGGCCUGGAAGAGCAGCAAGCUUUGAGAGUCAAGGUUCAUGUCCUUCACCCAAACCUCCACAUACACCCUGAUGAUCACAGGUGGAGUGCCAGCAUCACCUCUGUAAGAAACCAGAUGUUUGUUUGCCGACAAGCUAUGUUGCCUAUCACCCUUUUGAGCGGAUUGAAUUCAUGUUUCUAUGUUUGUACUGAAAUUCAUUCAUUUGAAUGCAAGUUCUUCAAGUGCUCUACAGAGAUGGCUAUGCACAGCACUCACAGUCAUUCAAAGUUUGUUUUUCAUACGUGUGCUUUGGAAACGUAUUUGACUAACAUUUACACAGACCACAUGAAUGGUAGGCCUCACUGCAACAAGUUGUGGUGGUUAACUUGCAGCGUUAUCAGUUUUUUUUCAGUACCAGAGCAACAUUUUUUCAGCCGUCAAGCUCUUUAGUGCGUUACCAUUUUAGUUUGAAAUGGCACAAAGUUUAAGGGCUAUGCUGCUCAGUACCACAAAAAUAUUUACUUGAUGAAAAACACUUGAUGAAUCAAGCGAGUCAUGCUCUAGGUUUUAUUUGGGAAUGCAGGUAACUGAGCCUCUGCAAGGGCUGAGAAAUCUCAGUAAAUAUAUCAGUCACAGCUGUCACAGAUGUGUAAAACAGAAUAGCCAUCACUCUGCAGGACUCUCAUAUUUGGAGAAACAGUAGCUGGUUCAUGUAGCAUAUGUACAGAAAGAUCAAAUUAAAGUGUGUCUAAAUGAACUUCAGACUAAAUUGGUUUCUUAAAAUUGGCCACAAUGAAAUGACAAAUUCAUCUUUAUUUUUGUACACACAGAACAACCUUAUUUCAUAACUGCAAACACAAGCAGCAGUAUUAUUUAGAAACAAUUAAACUUACCCUCUAAUUAGUCCAGUAACACUGAUAUUGAAACUCCCACGUUCAUUAUUGUAGGGUGUUCACUUCAGAACGCAUGGAGAUGACCGCUGUCGUGGACUGUGAGAUUUGGCAGUUCGUUCCCACUUGAAUGUUCAUUUUCACGCAACCACAGGCAGGUUUUGUAAACACAUCUGUUUGUCCUCUGUGUAAACUUUUGAUGUGCAACAUUAAAAAUAAAACUGUUGUUCUUUUUAAACAUACAUAAUGAAGCAUAGUGAACAGAAUAAAAAAGUAGUGACAUCUUAGGUUUCUUACAUUAACAGUAAUAAUUAGGCAAAUUAACCUGUACUGGAGUACAAGAAUAAUGCCGCGUCGUCUCCAUAUAUCAUUAAUUUAUAAGGUUGCUAAAUUUUUCUUUGGGAGACGGAGCUUUAGCUGCAAUCUUUUAGCAUUUGAUUGCGCUUUUAGGAUCCCUGCAUUAUAUUGACAUUUUAAAUCGAGUCAGUGGGAAACAUUAAAGAGUUAGUAUUUUAAAUACUCAGAUAGCUAGCAUAGUUAAUAAGCUAGCUGCAGCCGCUAAUAGUAUAAAAGAUCAACAUAGCUGCUGUGAAGCCUCGAGGUUCACAGUGUUACACAGUCGCUGAGAUUGCCGUGGCAUUAGCCAAGGAGCAUACCCUGGUUAACCUGCCUUUUUAAUUAAUAAUUUACCAAACUAUAAUUUACCAAAUGAACUUCAUGUUUUAUUCACUAAAGCUUGAAACUAGUUACUGGUCAAUCAAUUGAGAAGGGCUCAGCUUAAAGCCACUACUGCUCAUCAAAAGAAAAGACUAGAUGCAUUUUGGCCAUGUCCGUGUUUGGGUCGGACCAAGGACACACGAGGUGAUGUUUCCCUCCCGACCCCAAUCUGGGUAAGUGUCAGAGGAUGGAUAUGAAACCUGAAAAAUAGUUCUGAGACUUAGAAUAACCAUAAAUGACAAAUACAAUUCUAAAUCCCAUUUAUGGGUCGGAUUGUUUGGUUAAGGUCAUUCUAAACCAGAUUACCUACCCCUGCUGAAACAAUUUUAGCAAUUUUAAAACAAUGCAUGUUUAAAGCAGCUGCACCUUGGCUGAACUUGUCAGAGAAACGAGGCCACUGUGGAGCUGCCUUGGCCUUACUUCUACAUUCAUGGUUUAUACUGUCUACGGCUCCAGCUGAUAAAGUCUGUAGCUGUGUCUGCUGGUGGCAGCUGUGUUUCAGGUGAUAAGAAAAAAGAAAAUCUUGUAAAUUUAAAUGGCUUGACAGGUAUAAUAGUCAGCAAGGAGUAGGUGUUAUUGAACAGUUAAUUUAAUUUUAAAAAGCGCAGAAGAUUAAUACAAACAGUGGCUAACACACACACACACACACACUCAAAUAUUUCCAUAUAUUAUGAAUAUUUUUACAAUAUUUUAUAUUUUUAAGCCACAUGAAAUAAACCAUCAUCUCAGAUUUUCCUGUGAGUAAUAACUAAUAAGAACCCAACAUAGCAAAUAGAAAAAGGCUAUGUACUGUUAUCUUACUUGCAAAUGCAGUUAAUGAUGCUCUUUUCCCCUUGCUCUGUCCUCUGUGUUAAAAAAAAGAGAGAAUAUUUUUACUUGUAGCAUGCCUCUCACCACUACAAAAAAAUUAAGCACUUAUCGGGGGAAAUGCGAAUAUGUCAGAGUAUUUCAGAUUAAAAAGUUUGUGUUUACAGUUGUAUAUAUCCAUACUUGUCAAUGGCACUUUUGUUUGUAUAUAUUGAAAAGUGAAUUCUAAAAAGCUGUCGUAAACUUAUGGAAAUAGAGACAUCACAAUGUAUUUCUAUUGUUUGGUGAUACUUUGAAGCGCUCCGACCUGUAAACGAGUGCAAUUUCGACACGUUCUGUAAUAGUUGUGAACAAUUAGUCAAACUGGAGACCCAGUGAAGCCAAUUCUACCUUACCGAGUUAUUCCAUGUUUAGGACCUUAGAGCUUUGAGCUGUAAUUGUUUGAGUAUAUAUGGACCGAGAACAACUUCGACUACUGUCAUGAUGUGUACAGUUUGUGAUAACUUUUGUAACAAUUUAAAGUAAAUAUUUGGGAUAUAAUUUAUUGUAUCUGUUUCAUAUGUAUUUUAAACACAUAAAUAAAAAAAAUAU